CAGAAAUCGAUACACAGAACAUCACAUCGGGCCAUGUUAAGCGACCCACCAGGUUGGAUCUGGCUUUUGCAUGUCGCCUUCGUUUAGUUAUGCAAUGGUAUUUUCAGGUGGAGAUCACGUGGACCAGUAAGGCAGAAAGGGCAACAGAGCAACACAGCUGAACUUGCAUAAUGCGGGACGCAGAUAAGCUCAAACCACCCAGCGAAUCGGGAGCGCCGGCCGUACACCAAAAUUUUGUUACUUCCAAAGCCUGUGUCACUGAACUUCAGCGUGUGGGUGUCCAUGUCCAAGAGCAUACAAAGGCUGGAUUGGCGUCGAAAUCGUCGGUCUCCCCUCAUUUCUUCUGCCUAUCUUAAUAUGGCCGAAAGAGUAGGGUUUGGAACACCUCUAUACAGCCCAGACAACGCCAAAGUCGAUGUCGUAUUUGUCCACGGUCUGGGUGGCCAUAGAAUCAACACAUGGACUUCGGAGCCGACGAAGAAAAUCCCAGUGGAAACCUUUUGGCCAGAAGAGCUCCUCCCCAAGGCGUGCCCGACGGCCCGCAUCCUCUCGUUUGGCUACGACUCCCGCUUCGUCAAAUUCUUCCCUCUCUCCAAAUCAAACUUAGAUAAAGAGGGAACAAUUGAUGAGUAUUCGACAGCCCUCUACCAGAACCUCGCCAGUCUCCGCGAAUCAACCAAAACGCCUGCAGAUAGGCCCAUCAUCUAUGUAGCACACAGCCUCGGCGGCCUGGUCGUCGCCAAUGCCGUGUCGCGACCACCGGGCGCCAACGAAACAGCGCAAAAACUCACGGACAACACCAUUGGCAUGAUAUUCUUGGGCACGCCAUUCGCUGGUUCUGACAAGGCCUCGUGGGGCGAAAUGGCAGCAAAGUUUGUGACAUUGUUUGGUGUCCAGACAAAGGACACCGACAUCAAAGAUCUCAACGAGCGGUCAGCGAGGUUGAUCGAUAUCAAUCUGGACUUUGAUACGUUCAUCAAAGGACGAGAUCGUGAUCGCAAACAUGGGCCCGUAGAAAUCGUAUGUUACUAUGAAGCAGACCCAACGUUCAUUGGACCCGUGUGCAUAGGAAAGGUGGUGAGCAAGGAGUCGGCCGCGCGGCUUCCAGCCAUUGCUGCGCUCUCAAUUCCGGAUAAUCACUCCGACAUGUGCAAGUUUGCUGGCGAGUUUUCGAGCGGAUAUGCCAGUGUAUCAGGCCAGUUGGCGCAAUGGAUCACCGCGCUCGAUAAGAGGGGAGAAGAAGGCGAAGACCAUGCGGGUUCAACGAGCGUGAGAAUUGACGGCGUAGUUAACAACAAAGGUGUGGUAACAGGGGUUAUCAAAUCUCUCCCUGGAGGGACAACUAGCGUCACGGGCUCAGCCGACACGACCUAUAACUUCGGCCCACUUCCCGAUGAAGCAAUACUGAAACUCAUGGGGAAAAAAUAGUGUUCUUUGGUCUAGUUAGGGAUGAUUUCGUGGACAGCUUUGCAUAGUACUUUAUACUUAUACUGUGAAGGCAAUGGACACAACAUGGACAUCGUUGGUGAUAAAGGUGGUGUGUCACACUCGUGAGAGCGGAUGUAUUGUAAUAAUACGCUAUGAGAUAAAACUCCAAACAGC